AUGUCUCUCAUCUCCAAGGUUUCUCAAACUGCUUGUGCUUUUGCCCAGUGGUGGUGGCAGGCGGGUACCGAACUCUACCACUACCAAACAAACAAUUUCUUCUCAAACCCAACACAAGCUCAAAACAUACUAUCAUUCUUCCUACUAUUAGCCACCACCAUAACUGUAACACAGUGGUGGCGGCAUUGGUCAAGAAGAAAUGCACCACCACUUCCUCCAGGUCCACUAGGCCUGCCGAUACUUGGCCAUCUCCCUUUCAUCGGCACCGAGCUCCAUCGCAGUUUUGCCAAGUUCGCCGAAACCUAUGGUCCAAUCAUGAAACUCCGACUAGGCAGCAAACUCUGCAUCGUGGUAACAUCAUCAUCGCUAGCAAAAGAGAUCUUCAAAGAUAACGACACCAUAUUCGCCAACCACGAUGUACCGGCAGUGGGGAAUAUUUCAAGUUACGGUGGCGUUAACAUGGUUUGGUCACCAUACGGUGACCAUUGGCGAAUGCUCCGUAAGGUCUGUGUCUCUGAGUUACUAAAUCACAAGAGACUUGAAGCCUUUUAUGGUCUCCGGCGUAGAGAGAUCUGCAACAUGUUAAGACAACUCUAUUCCUAUUCUGGCACUCCAGUCGAUGUAGGGGAAGAGAUGUUUCUCACAACAUUCAAUAUCAUAACAAGUAUGUUGUGGGGUGAUACACUUGAAGGUGAGGAAGGGCGGCGCACCACCGUGGAAGUUCGUGGAAUAAUGGAUAGAGCUGUGAUGCUUUUUGGUGAACCUAAUAUUUCCGAUCUUUUUCCGGCGUUGGCGUGGUUUGAUAUUCAAGGUAUUGGGAGGCGAAUGAAGAAUACGGUUUCUUGGUUCGAUCAGAUGUUGGAUUCAGUCAUAGAUGAACGACUCAAAACAGAUGGAGAACGACGAAAAGUAGAGGAUGAUGUUCGUAAACAAAACAAAGAUUUCUUGCAGGUCUUACUACAUCAGCUCAAUCUUAAGGCAAAGGAAGGAGUCCCUAAUAAGACACCUAGUCUUACCAUCACUCACAUCAAAUCCUUGUUACUGGAUGUGAUGGGAGCUGGGACGAAAUCAACAUCGAGCGUAGUGGAGUGGGCAAUGGCUGAGCUAUUGAAACACCCAAAUAUAAUGACGAAAGCACAAGAAGAGAUAGAAGAGGUAGUUGGGUUGAACAAUAUAGUGGAAGAGUCUCAUUUACCUAAGUUACAUUACUUGCAUGGAGUGGUAAAGGAAGUUCUUCGUCUACAUCCACCUGCUCCUUUCUUGAUUCCUAGAUGUCCAAGUGAAUCUUGCACCAUAGGUGGAUUUAUGGUUCCAAAGGGUUCUAAAGUUAUGGUGAACGCAUGGGCUAUACAAAGAGAUCCAAUUGCUUGGGAAAAUCCCUUGGAGUUUAAGCCUGAGAGGUUCUUGAGAUCAUCUAUUGGUGAUGAUGAAUAUGAUUUUAGUGGUAAAGAUUUUAGAUAUAUUCCAUUUGGAUCUGGAAGAAGGGUUUGUGUUGGAAUUCCUAUGGCUGAAAGAAUGGUACCAUAUCUAUUGGCAUCAAUUUUGCAUUCAUUCAAGUGGGAAUUGCCAAAGGGAGUAGAGCUUGACAUGUCAGAUAAGUUUGGUUUGGAAUUAAAGAAGGCAACACCCCUUGUUGCUAUCCCUUCACCCAAGUUAUCUGACUUCAAACUCUACAAUUAAAUUCCUUGUUGAUGUAAUCUAUAAAUGCAUCAUUUUAUGUAUUCAGGAAAGUU